AUGGCAAAAGUUUUAACAACAGCGAAAGCUUGCGCCCCAAAUUUAUUGCUUUUAGCAAAAAAUCCAUCAUCAAGCCGUUCGUAUUCAAUCCAACAAUCAUGUCCAAGACCAAUAGGAAAUUCACUUACAUCACAGCAACAAACUCACUUUUUAACCUUGAAUCACACUCUUCUCGUACAAUCAAAUAAACUUGCUUGUAAUCCAUUAUACAUGCAGAUACGUGGCAACGCUCAACAACCAAAAGGUUUUCUGUCAAAAUUAAUUGACGAAAUAAAAGAAGAAUUUAGUAAAAAUAAAGAUAUAACGGAUAAUAUUAAAAAGUUUAGAGAACAAGCAAAAAAGCUAGAAGAUUCAACUGCAUUACAAGAGGCACGCGCUAAAUAUAAAACACUCGAACGUGAAACAAUGAAAAGUUCAACAGUUAUUCGUGAAAAAUUUGAUGAGAUAACAGAAAAAGUCAAAGAAAGUGAUGUCAUGAAAAAAGCAUCUGAACUUGGUCAAGAAGUUGGAAAACAAGCUCAAAAAGCAGCUGACAAAAUAUCGGAAACAACUGAACAUAUAACAGAUACGGCUACAUUUAAAAAAGUAUCUGAGAGGCUAAGCACAAUUAAAGAAGAAGUUGGUGACGCUACAAAAUUGACGCGACCCUUAGGUUAUCGUCCUCCAAAAGUACUACGCAAACGAUCAGAAACAGAUUUGUUAAAGAAAGAAAAAGUCUUUUAUGCCAAUACAGAAGCUCAAUCAGUUGUUGUGCAUAAAGAUUCACAAUGGUUUCAAAGUUGGCAAAAUUUUAAAGAUAAUAAUGCCUAUGUACACAAAUUAUUUGAACUGAAAACAAAGUAUGACGAGAGCGAUAAUUUUGUUAUUCGUGUUGCUCGUUCAUUAACAGAAAAAGUAUCAGAUGCACUAACGUCCGUAUUUAGUCAGUCAGAAACAUCCGAAACAUUAACUGAAAUCUGUCGUAUUGAUCCAACAUUUGAUGUAGUCCAAUUUUUAAGAAUAGUUCAAUAUGAUAUUAUACCAAACAUUUUUGAGUCAUUAGCCAGAGGUGAAUUAGAAAUUUUGCGUGAUUGGUGUACUGAAGCAGUCUACAAUGUUUUGAUUAAUCCUAUAACAACUUCAAAAGCAUUAGGUUAUAAAUAUUCUUUGAAAAUUAUUGAUCUCGGCGAUGUUGAGCUCGUUGCAGCAAAAAUGAUGGAAGUACCGGUGCUAGUCGUGACAUUUCAAGCACAACAAAUAGCGUAUAUUAGUGAUCCGACAGGAAAAAUAAUAGAAGGAGAUCCGGAACAAAUCAAUCGUGUCAAUUAUAUCUUCGCUUUGGGACGUGAUUUAACCAUUCUUGAUCCUAAUGCAGCUUGGAGAUUGAUUGAUCUUUCGGCGUCUAAAAUGAAUCAUUUUGUUUGA